AUGGACGUCAGUUAGUUUUGUUUGUAAUAUUCUUUUUAACACUUUAAGUGAAGGGACUUUUUAACUGUUUAUAUCUCAAACAAAAACACUGUAGGAUCAUAAAAAUUCACCUGUCAAUUGCUCUCUUUUUAAAGUGAUAAAAUUUGCAAAAUAGAUGAACACAGGAAAGUGGUGACCAUGGUGACCUUAUGUGCCACUGACAUCACCUUUAACUUCCCUCCCAUCUUUGUUUUCCGUUGCAAAAUCCAUUUCCUUCCAUGCACACAUGUUUUUUUUUUUUUUUUUUUUUUUUUUUUGCCCUUGCAUCUCCACCAAGUUUUUACAAAUUCAGUCUAAAAAAUUUUGUGUGGUUUUGUAGUGGUUAGCUCUUUUGCCAUGAAGGUCUCAGGUUUGAAUCCCAAGUGGAUUCUAUCUGUUCCAUCUUGUACAUGUUCAGGUUUUCUUGAGGCACUUAUUUCCUCCCACUGUUUUAAAGGAAGCAUAUUAUGCUGAACUCCCCUUUUGUAUUGUUUUGUGCUGCCAAGUGGCUCUACUGCCUCUAUAAACACUCCAAACAUCAAAUAAACCCCUCCAUCUGUUUUAUGUGAGUGUUUGGUUUUAGGAAUUAUGUGCCUAAAACAAGCUAUUUCAAGAAGUCCCCAUUUGUGAUUUCACAAACAGGGAAAUUGGCAUAGAACCACCUCAUGCAAAGCUUAGCCUAUAACAGCCUGAGUGUGUGAUGGGUGGGUGUGGCUAGCUCUAGCUUGUUUUCUUAAAGUAGCAAAACCCUGAAACAACUCAUUCUGGAAAGUACUGAAAAUGUCAAUAAAAUGCUGACAUUGUUUCAUGUGAGAGGGAUUCAGUGCAAAAAAUCUUCAUGAACAAGUUUUGUAUGACCAUAGAACCAACUUGGACUUAAAUUAAUUUCAAUUCAGUUUAUUUAUAUAGCGCCAAAUCACGACAAGAGUCGUCUCAAGGUACUUCACAUAGUAAACAUUCCAAUACAGGUCAGUUCAUUAAGCCAAUCAGAAAAAAGUGUCCUAUAUAAGGAACGUAGCAAAUUGCAUCGAGUCACUGACUAGAGUCGGUAUCUUUACAGCAAUCCCCAUACUAAGCAAGCAUUUAGCGACAGUGGAGAGGAAAACUCCCUUUGAACAGGAAGAAACCUCCAGAGGAUCCUGGCUCAGUAUAAGCAGCCAUCCACCAUGGCUCACUGGGGAUGGAGAAGACAGCACACACACACACAACAUAUAUACCAAGUAGUGUUUCUAUGGCUACGUUGUGAUUUAUUAGUAAAUAUUUUUAUUUAUUCUAUUCUAUAAUUAAACAGGUAAACUAUUAGUAGCACAUUCAAUGUCAAAGAAAGUAAAAUGUCAUUAUCAGGAGAGGGAGAAUGUUUAAGUGGUUAGCAACAGUGUUUAAACCGAUGGCCCCCUCCAUGAGGCAACCACAGCUCAGGAGAACACCAUUGUAGCUUCUUCUGGGGAGAAAAACACUUAGAGAAAAAUAAAGUUAACAGCUGAAAUAGCAGAAAAUAAUACAGUUAAAGAGAAGUGAUAGAAGAAAGUAGUCAGUAUGUCUGCCAGCAGUCUAAGCCUAUAGCAGCAUAACUACAGAGAUAAAUCUGGAUAACCUAGCCUUUUAGAUGGAGGCAGGGCAAGGGAGAGCCAUCUUUACCGACUGUACACUCCACCUCCCUCUACUCCCCCACUUGUCCAGAUCUAGGCUAACAUCAGAUUUUAACCAUAGGCCCUAUCAAUUAAAAAUGUUUUAAGCCUAGUCUUAAAAGUAGACAAGGUGUCUGCCUCACGGACUAAAGCUGGGAGCUGGUUCCACAGGAGAGGAGCCUGAUAGCUAAAAGAUCUACUUAGAUAUUCUAAUAACCACUGGUAAACCAGCAGUCUGAGAGUGAAGUGCUCGGUUAGGAACAUAUGGAAGAAUCAGGUCACUGAUGUAUGAUGGAGCUUGAUUAUUAAGAGCUUUAUAUGUGAGAAGAAGGAUCUUAAAAUCUAUUCUGAAUUUAACAGGCAGCCAAUGUAGGGAAGUUAAGACAGGAGAGAUAUGAUCUCUCUUUAAUUCUCAUCAGAAUUAAAAUUCCUUGUUAGUGGCGGUCUUUGCCCACAAGUUCAUCUUUUCUUUUCUGUUUCCUUCUUUUACAUUUACACUCCAGAACAACAGAUCAUGGAAAGUUUUUGGGAAAAACCACAGAGUCAUAAUUUCAACUACAACAAUAAGUGUUUGUGUGCCUUUGUGUUUGCGAAAAGUUGUCUUUCUGGCUCUCCCAGCUCUCCUCAAAUUCAGAGGAAGUCCAAAAGUUAAUGAACAGCUUAUAUUUGUAUGCUAAAAGUUAUACCAAGCUCAAGUUAAAGGCAAAAGUGGAUGUGGUGGAAAGUCUAUUAUUGCAUGUGUAAUUCUGAUAAGGAAUCCUAUAACAAUGUCAGAGGGAGUACUUAAAAAAGUCAUUUGACUUCAGUGAUAAGGUAGAGGGUGCGUCUGCAAAGCUUCUAGUUUCACAUUAAAUUUAAAGGGAAGAAACAAUUAGACAUUUCCUUUCAGCUCAACAUUUUAAGGGAAAGUGAAAAGUCAUCCAGGGCUGAUUUCAUUCGAAACCACAGAGCGUGCUCUCCUUGGGCGAUAGUCGACUGAUAUCUUUUUCAUAAGCUGGACAGAAGCAGAAAAAAGACUGAGCAGCUUGGUUAGACGUGUAUUUAUAGUAAACGUUCUCAUUACACAGAAGGGCAGCUCCACAGCUAAAUGUUGGUGGUUAUAGUGGAGAAGAUAAGAUAAAUACCAGAAACUCCUUCAUAGAUUGUUCUGAUGAGUGUUUUAUUGAGUUCAUUCAGCAGUCUUCUGUGUGACUGGACCCCGAAAAACAAACUUUGUUCAUUUUGGUUUUAUCAGGAACUGACUUGCUCAUGUUUUUGUUCUGAAGAAUCCUCAUGAUCAUGACAAGACACCUGGUUUCUUAGCUCACUUCCUCCUCAGUGGUCAGCGUGGCCGAACAAGCGUUCACCUGAUUUAACGUUCAGAGGAACUGUGACCGGUCUUUUGUUUGAAACUUUUGUUAGUUUUUUUUUCAUUUAAGCAAAUUUCUGAGGGAAAAAAUUGUUGAUUUUUAUAAAUAUGAUGAUUUAAUUCUGAAAAAUUGUUCAUUUGAAUUUGUUAUCAUUGUUUACACUUUAUCAACAAAAGACACACACACACACACACACACACACACACUGAGAAAAAGAGAAGGGAGGGGGUCGGGCUUUCCAGUCUUCUGCUUCUUCAUUGAUAAAUACUCCAGCUGCCUGCUGAGAUCAGUCAAACAGCACUCACUCAACAAAGCCUCAUCCUGCUCUACUUUUAAAAUCUGAACAUUUUGGACCAAAUUUGGGCAUCAAGGUAAUUUAAAAAAUCUGAAUUCAUGUACUUUCUGCUCUUGUUAUGCGUGUUAUUUUGUUAUAAGUCUGUUUCACUCAGAUUUGAUUUAUGUACAUAUUAAAAAGAGCAAAAACCACCAAUGAUGACACAGAAGAGUAAAGAUAUGUUUUUUUAUUCAUUUUCUCUCAACGAUAUAACAUUUUCAAGCAGGUUUUUUUGCAACUUUGAUGUGACACACUAUUAUUGUGAUGAAUUCCUGUUCAGCAGCUUAAUCUGUUGAGUUUUGACAUUUUAAAAUUACCUAACAAAUAAUAUUUGUAUGUAACCCGCAUAACUUUUUGUCAUUUCCUUCAGAUGCAUUCUCUAGUCCUGAUGGUUCUGUGUGCUGGUCUGAGCUUUGCCACCUCUGAUAGCCAAGAUCAUAACCAGGAGACACUGAUGGACAAUGGUUCUUAUGUUUUUCUUUAUUCACAAUCCUUUAAUAUUUCUGUUACUUUUUUUUUUACCUUCUGUGAAGCCAAUUUGGACUUCUUCUGCUCUGGUUUUCCUAGUUCUGGUUCUGAGGGUGUCUCACGUUCACGGUUCGAGGAUCAAAGUGUCUCUCAGCUGUGGAGAAGCGUAUCAAGACAAGCCUGUGUUUUGGAAAAGAAACGGUGUGGAGCUGACGCCGGCGCUGCAGGGCAACCGGGUCACGGUUCUGGUGAGAGAGAUGAACGGAGGGAACUACACUUGUCAUCUUAGUCCAGACGGAGAAUACCUGAACCACACUGUGAUCCUGGUCCAGCCAGAUAACAGGACCGUCAUACUGGAGGAAAUCUCUCCUGAAGGAGGUCACAUCCACUGCUUGGCCCCAAACUACAACGGUUCGUUCCACUGCAGCUGGACCAGGACGCAGCACCGGUCCCACGCAGCUGUGCUCCUGGUCAAGACAAACCGUUACAUGGACAAGAUCCCCUGUGAGCUGGAGGCGGAUGGAUCUGGGGUUAUUUGCCAGGACGCUAGCUGCCCUUACAAAGAGGAAAGGCACCGCAUCACUCUGACCGUUUACAUCCACAGCUACUCCCGCCUAGAGGCCUACACCCGGUCUUUCUACCUGAGAGAGAUCGUGAAGCCAGAAAAACUCCCUAACCUGCGAGUCAGCAGUGGCCAAGUGUUCAGCUGGGACGCCCCCGACUCCUGGGACAAGCCCGGUUCCUACUUUGGGCUCCACUUCCAGAUUAAAGUGGCCCGCAUUGGUCAUUCCUGUAGCAGCGACAAGCCCAUUCUGACUAACAUUACCGAGGUCAGAAAGUAUGAAGUGAACGUCACGUCCAGGAGGUAUGUUUUCUGUGUGCGUGCACAAGACAAACACACCUUGGGACCGUGGAGCAACUGGAGUCAGUGCACAGUGAACAAAAGCGAUGUGGUCUGCUAACUCAUGCUUCUGUUCGGCUGCCAGGAGAGAAGGAAGAAAAGGUUGAUGGAAAACGGUCUUUCCCUUAAUCUGAUUUCUUGUUACAUAUUUUUUUAUACAAGGCAGAAGCAUAAAUGUACAGUAUUUAUUCAUCUUUCCCUAAAUUGAUUCAUCAUUUUCUACCUUUAUCUAUAACUUAUUUCUAUUUUUUUAAUAAUUUAUAAUAUUUGAUAAUAAAAAAUUAUACAAGCAUCUUAA